UACUUCUUGCUUAUUUCUGAUUUUUACCUGAGUACGUACCAGAGAAAACAUGGCUGAGGCUAUCGUUACUGAUGUUGCUAAGGAAAUACUAAGCAAGGUGAUUCCACUUAUUACCGAGCAGAUCAGCCUUGCUUGGGGUUUCAAGGAGGAGCUGACACGGCUUCGUCAGUCAGUGGAGAUAAUCCAAGAUGUGCUGACUGAUGCAGAGAGAAAGCAAGUGACUGACCUGUCGGUGAGGCGCUGGCUGCAGAGACUUCAAGAUGUUGCUUAUGAUGCUGAUGAUGUGAUGGAUGAGCUUGCGUAUGAGAUUCUCCGGCGAAAGGUAGAGAUCCGAAAUCAAAUGAAAAGAAAGGUAUGCUUCUUCUUUUCAUUUUCAAAUCCCGUUACAUUUCGUAUCAAGAUGGCCAACAAGGUUAAGAAUAUUAGCGAGUCGCUAAAAAAGAUUAAUGAAGACGCAAAUGGAUUUGGACUCACUAGAGCAAAAUUAGUAAAUGCAAAUCCUGAGAUAAUCCCAAACCGAGAGACAGACUCCUCUGUUGAUCAUUCAGAAAUUGUAGGAAGGGAAGAUCAUGUCUUAGAAAUAGUAGACUUGCUGCUUAGUGCAACCAAUCAACAACUCUCAGUCAUUCCUAUUGUAGGAAUGGCAGGUUUGGGAAAAACAACUUUAGCAAAAUUAGUGUAUAAUCAUGAGCUAGUAAAGAGACAUUUUGAUAAGACAAUAUGGGUAUGUAUCUCUGAUGAUUUCAAUGAUAAAAGGAUUUUGAGAGAGGCUUUAGAAUCCCUUACCCAUAACUCAAGUACAUUAGAAAAUAAGAAUACAAUAUUAGAAUGCCUUCAAAAGGAGUUGCAAGGCAAAAGAUAUCUUCUAAUACUUGAUGAUGUAUGGAAUGAAGAACCUGUGAAAUGGGAUUCUUUAAGGAGUUGUCUAUUAGGAAUUAAUCCGAAUGCGGGAAACAGCAUUAUUUUAACAACCCGUAGUGAUAAAGUGGCCAAAAUCACAAUGACACUUCCACAAAAUAACUUGAAAAAACUAUCAGAAGAUGAAUGCUGGUCCAUAAUUAAAAAAAAAGUAGCUCUUAAUGAAAUAGUUCCACUAACUCGUGAUUUAGAGGCUAUUGGAAGGGAUAUUGCCAAAAAAUGUGGAGGGGUUCCAUUAGCUGCAAAAGUCCUAGGAGGGACGAUGUCUCUUAAAAAGGAGAAAAGUGAAUGGUUAGCAAUUCAAAACAAUGAAAUUUGGAAUUCGCUAAACGGUAGCAAUGAAAUGUUACCAAUAUUAAAAUUAAGCUUUGAUCAUCUUUCACCACCAUCUCUUAAACAAUGUUUUGCAUAUUGUUCAAUUUUCCCUAAAGAUGAUAGGAUUAAUAAGGAAGAAUUAAUUCAGCUUUGGAUGGCUGAAGGGUUCCUUCAACCAUCUCUAGGAGGUUGUCAAGUGAUGGAGGAUAUUGGUAACAGGUGUUUUGAUAUCUUAUUGGCAAAUUCCUUAUUCCAAGAUGAGGAAAAGGAUGAAUAUGAUAAUAUUUUCAUAUGCAAGAUGCAUGAUUUGGUACAUGAUCUUGCUCUCUCAGUAUCAAAAUCAGAGACCCUAAUUUUAAAUGAGGAUUUGAGAGAUGAUAUCAGCCUUAUACGACGUUUGGUGAUCCAACCUAAAGGCAAAACUAUACCAAGAAUUCCAAUUUUAAAAGAUGGUGUCUGGAAAUUGCGUACAUUUAUUUCAGAAAAUGCUGCACUUGACAACACAAUAUUCAAUUUUGAAUGCUUGCGUGUUUUAAAAUUAUAUGGAGACAGUAUAAAACAAUUGCCAAGUUCAGUUGGCCUAUUAAUACAUUUAAGACUUCUCAGCAUCUCAAGUACCUCCAUCGAAGCGUUGCCAAAGGCCAUCACCAAGCUCUACAAUUUGCAAACUUUAAGAGUUGAAGGUUGUUAUAAUCUCAAAGAGCUUCCAGAAAAUCUUAAAAAUUUGAUUAAUUUGAGACAUAUUUAUUUUUAUGGUCAAACACUUAAAGGCUUAGGGCAGUUGACUUGUCUGCAAACUUUGCAAUGUUUCGUUGUGGGUCAAGGCACGGGUUUUCAGAUCGAAGAAUUGGGAUGCUUAAAUCAACUAAAAGGAAAAUUAGACAUUCGUAGGCUAGAGCAUGUGAAAGAUAAAGAAGCCUCCAAAAACGCCAAAUUAGUAGAAAAGGCCAAAGUAUACGAGUUGGGAUUUUACUGGAGUGAGAAUAGAGAAGGCAACCGCAAUAAUGAUGAAGAGGUGUUGGAAGGACUCCAACCUCACCGAUAUUUGAAGAGCUUAACAAUUGAUGGUUUUGGAGGGGAGAAAUUCCCAUCAUGGAUGUUGACAAGUCAUGAUGCAAGGGAUGGCUUUUUGCUAUAUGACAAUUUGAUUAAUAUCACAUUAAUUGAUUGCAAGAAAUGUGAGGUUCUUCCCACUCUCGGGCUUCUACCUUGUCUUAGGGAUCUUUAUAUAAGUGGGAUGGAUAAUGUAAGAUCUAUAGGAACCGAGUUUUACGGCAACUAUAAUGAUGGUGGUUACGACAAAAUAUUGUUCCCGUGUUUGAAAAGUCUUCAAUUGUGGUGCAUGCCAAAUCUAGUUGAAUGGACGGAUGCGAUGGAGCCAACAACAACGGGGACGGUGUUUCCUUGCCUUAAGAAUUUGACCAUUCGUUUCUGUGAGCAACUGAAAAGUGCUCCAUGUCAUUUUCCUUCUCUUGAGAAAUUAAGUAUUUCCGAAACCAAUAGCACGACAUUUGAAAAAAUUAGCAGCAAGCUUACCACACUAACGUCUCUCCAUAUUGAGGGAAUUUCAGAACUUGCUUCUUUGCCAGAGCAGUUAUUGAAAAAUAAUUCGAGUCUUAUGUCUUUGAGUAUAUUGAGAUGUGAUGAUUUGGUAUCCCUAUCACCACAUGGAGAUGUAUGGGGCUUCUACACUUCUCUUCGGUCACUGCAAAUAUCAAACUGUAAGAAAUUGAGUUAUUUGCCGGAUGGACUGCACACCCUUCGCUCCCUUGAGAAUUUCGAGGUAAGAAAUUGUCCUAAUCUGAGGUCCUUUCCAAGUAUAAAAGGUGUGGCGUUACUUCUUCGAACCCUAGCGAUAUCGUGUAGUGAUGAAGUUCUACCAAUUGGUCUUCAAUCAUGUAUAUCUCUAUCGUCAUUGGAGAUAGAUGAGUGUCCUAAUCUGAUAUCAAUUCCAAAUCUACAGGAUUUGCAUUCACUUUCCUCUUUAACAAUUAGAUCUUGUAAAAGAUUGAUGGGUUUGCCAGAUGGGUUAGACUACCUCACCCGCUUGAAGUAUUUGAGUAUUGGUGGGUUUUGUGAGGAGUCGGAUGCUUUCCCUAGUCUCAGUUCCAUCCAACACGCAUCCCUUGAAACACUAACAUUGUUUGGAUGGGCUAAACUCAACUCUCUCCCAGAAGAUAUUCAACGAUUUACUGCCCUAACACAACUCUGGAUAGUUACUUUUGACCAGAUGGAAGCUUUGCCCGAGUGGUUGGGCAACCUUUCUUCUGUUCGAGAGUUGUAUCUUUUGAAUUGCAUGAACCUGAUGUAUCUGCCAACAGCGGAAGCGAUGCAACACCUCACCGAAUUAAAUAUUUAUGAUUGCCUCAAAUUAAAGGAAAGAUGUGUGAAGGGAAGCGGCGCAGAGUGGCUCAAAAUUGCCCAUAUUCCAAAUAUCUAUCUCCAAGGGGAACGGAUUAAAGGGUAGUUGUGCAUAUUGGUCCAAGACAGAUCAGAGUGGGAAAAAAAGAAAGAAAAAGGAAAGUUCUCUUCAAGAGCUGCAAAUGAUCAAAAUUCAAGGGCCGCUCACCAAAUUAGAGAAGUUGAAGAUGUUUUUGGUCAAAGUAAUACAAAAACAAUGUGAGGAUUCUUCGCCAUUCUAGCCCCAGUUUUCAAUCAGCCAAACUUUAACACCUAAGCACAUUCUUAGUUGGAGGAGUCAUAUUUUGAGGAUCUUUAUGCUGCAGAUAUGAGGCGUCAAUGGUAGCUUUUGAUUUGGCACAUGGUUAACUUUUUCUCUCUUCAAGAUCUGAAUUUUGGGUACAAGAAUUUUGCUUUCAGGGAACAGAGGAAGUGGACCAAUCCCUUACUAAAGAGAUGCUCACUUUACGGUAAAAGCUGAAUAUUUCUUGUUGGUUGCUGUCAGAAUGGUUGACGGUUGUUGAAUUACUAUCUGAGUGAAGUUCAUCAAAAUUAAGUGGUUGGGAAACCUUUUCUCUCUUCAACAUUUGGUACUUAUUUGGAUGCAAGUGGAUGCCAUGUAUUGGCUCACCAAUUUGCAACACCUAUUCAUUCAUAACUGCCUCAAGUUAAAUGAUAGAAGUGCUGAGAGUAUCAGCCAAUUAUGGUCCAAUGACAGGGAAUGGAUUAAAGAGGAAGCUGUUUGAAGUUAACACAUAUAUUAUUACAACAAUGUGUGUGGCCAAAUUCUAUUAUAUUCAGUUGGAAGAACAAUUAAUUAAUUUAUGAUUGAACAAAGCUGAUGAAUGUGCUCCCAUACAAUGCCUCACUGCAUUAUUACAUCAUCAAGAGGAAGUUUAUGUGAUAUCAGGAAAUGUUGGUGGAAGACGUGGUAGUAUUUCAACCUAGGUCCUCUAAUGCGUGAACAGGAUUCUUCACCAUUCUAAAGCCCUGAUUUCAAUCAGCCAAACUUUGACACCUAGGUGCAUUCUUAGUUUGAGGCAUCAUAUUUUUGAGCUGUGCAGAUGAGCUCUCAAUGGAAGCUUCUGAUUUGGUGCAUGAUUAAAUUUUUUCUCUCUCUUCAAGAGCUGAAUUUUGGGUACAAGAAUGCUACUUUUGGGCAGCAAAGGAAGAGAUCUAAUCCCUUACUAAAGAGAUGCUCUCCGAUGUUAUUCAGAGUUGUCGAUAAUUUGCCAGAAGUUAUUACCAUGUUAUGCUCACUUUACAGUAAAAGCUGGAUAUUUUUUAUUGGUUGCUGCCAGAAUGGUUAAUGAUUGCUCCCGGUCUAAUGGAGUGUUGAUUUGAGUGUUGUCUGGUUGAAGUUCAUCAAAAAUUGAGUGGUUGGGCAACCUUUUCUCUCUUCAACACUUUGUACUUAUUUGGACGCAAGAACCUUUUUUAUCUGGCCUAAAGUGGAUGCCAUGUAACAGCUCACCAAAUUGCAACACGUAUUCAUUCAUAACUGCCUCAAGAUAAAUGAUAGAAGUGCUGAGAGUUAUUGACCAAUUCUGGUCCAAUGACGAGGAAUGAAUUAAAGAGGAAGCUCUUUGAAGUUCACACAUAUAUUAUCACAACAAUGUGUGUCCAAACUAUAUUAUAUUCAGUUGGAAGAACAUUUAAUUAAUUUUAUGGAGUUUAAUAGAAGUUCGUCAAAGUUGGGGAAGAUUCUAUUAAGGAGCAGCAUAUAAGAAUUAUGUGAUUGCACAAAGCUGAUGCAUGUGCACCCAUGCAACGCCUCACCACAUUAUUACAUCAUCAAGAGGAAGGAUGCGGUAAAUGUAAUGCCUCAGGUUUUCUAGUAGCAUCUUGAAAUUUAUGUGAUAUCAGGAAAGGCUAGUGGAAGAUGUGGUACUUUCAACUUAGGUCCUCUAUUGUGCAAACAGGUUUGGGUACAUCAGCUGUCUAAUUUUCUUUAUUGCGAAGGUUUUGUUAUUUUGUUUUUUCUUGCCCUUCCCCCAACAUAAUAGAAAGCAUAAAAAUGGGUUUUUAUUUUAUUUUAUUUUUAAAUUAUUAUAAUAAUGCUUGCAUAAGUGUCAUCAAGAAAGUUUUAAUUCCCACAAAAUUAUUUUUAUUUUCCCAAUAUUAUAUGUUCUUGAGCUUUAGCCAAUCACUAGGUUUUCUAAUAUACUUUUUAAUAACUUGAUCAAUAAUUGCCCUCUUUUCUGAAAAAGUUAGAAUGCAUUGAGCAUAAUAAACAUAAUGCUAGAAUUUUGAAAUACAAUUAAGGAUCAGUAAUUACCAAGCACCUAUGUCAUAUUCAAAAAUGAAAAAUGACUCUUUACAUCAAUACUUUCCAUAAUGUGCUCUUCUUGUUGAAGGCAAAGGCAGGAAAAAGAUGGAAUAUGAGAUUUCCUGCUGAACUUGGUCAGGGCAGUAAGGAUAGGAACCAUUCAUUUUCUUCCCCUACUUAUUAUAAAUUCCUUCAAAAGUUUAUGAGUGGUGGGUGAUGUAGAACAGAGCUCAUUAGAAUUCAGUGUGCGGGAAAUUCAAGAAGUAGAAAAGUACUAUUAGAAGUCGUUGGAGAUCACAGCAAAAUUGCGUGAAAUUUGGUGACAUGAAGGGAAAUGGUGUUGGGAGUAAAACUCAUAGCCUUUGGCCACGAUCGAACAUGCUUUUUGGAAAGUAACGUGUUUGUUUUCUUCUAACUUCUGCAACAAUAGUGGGGCAGCUUCAAAUCUUUUCAAGAAAUGAAACCCAAGAACAAGAAUGCACUACCUUCCAGUAAAGAAAGAUUACAGACAAAAGAUUGGUCAUAAUACAGAAAUCACAAAAGGCGGACUUACAAAUUGAUUCCAGUACUUUUUAUUCCUAAACUCACUAAGAAUUUGGAAAAUUGACUGCAAUAGGGAGUGUUGAUGACCUUGUUCAUGUUAUAUGGAAUUUUUCAGAAUCAUGUACACAUUUCUUAAUUUGCUCUUUUCCAUGUUUUUCAUUUUGAAACUUUUUUCUUUUCCAUUUCUAACGACAUACAUGGAUUUAUUCUUGGAUUACAGAUUGUGAAAUCUAAGUUUUCCCUAUUACUUAAGAUUCUCAUAUCCGGUCAAUGGAAAACAAACCUUCCCAAUUCCUUGUUAGAUUCUCUUCGGAGUUUCAAAAGUAAAUGCCCUUAAUACUAACCCUGCAUUGGGGUGUUAUCUGAGUUUGGUUGAAUAAUCUAGAUCUAUAUAAGACAGAAAAAUUAGUUGAUGUAUUCUUAGUGGAGCCUUUUAAUUUUUGUAAAGGAUGUCCGACAUUUCAGGCUACACACAAAUCAAACAUUAUGUGUGCCUAAGCUCAAGUUGCUGCCUCAUCUACUUCAACAAUCGCAAGUAAGAUAUUUUGAAAUCAAAAAGAGUAAACAAGAGUGGAUGACUUUCCACUAUAGUUGCAGAACCUUUAUUUAGUUGAUGAGAUGUCUAUAAACAGUUGCAAGAAGUUGAGAUAUCUACCAGCAUGGGUGUGGUGCCUCACUAAAUAACAGAUGAUGCCAUGCUGAUUUGAAGAUAAACUUAAAGUCCAGUUUGCUGUACAAUGUGCACUAUAAGGAAGUAUAACUUGAGAUUCAAAUCAAAUUAAACGAGAAGGUUAACAUCUUUUUUCUUUUGAGAUCAAAUUAUAAUGUUGGGUUAGCUGGAACCAUGACUUGAAUGUACCUGCCAGUGUCAAUUGGGUAUAUUAGGUAUCACUUUGACAAUGAAUCAAGUAAGGCCUAGGCUUUUCCAGCAUUUACACUUUUCACCAAGUUUGCUUCUAUCUCCUAUAUAUAUAAUCAGAAAUAACUCCUUUUUCUCCUCGAAUAUACCGGAUUCCUGACAAUUUGUCCACUGUUCAAAUCCUAUGUUUUGGUUUCCUAACUUAAAGUCUCUGUUGCAGUGACUUCAGCAGUUUUCUAGAUUAUGAGUCUUCUCUUAUUGUCAGUCUUGUUGUCUUAACUACGAGGCCAACCUGUUUGGGUGCUCCACUUCAUAUCCCUGUAUGGAAGGUAACAGCCUACAGAUUGCAGACAAGGCAAUGGGCAGAAGUCUCUGUCUGAAAAGUUGACGGUUCUUUACAUAAAUGGGUAAAUAUGAAGUCUACUUCCAGAAGGGAAUAGUUAAAAGCGCUGGAUACUCACUCUUUAGUGCCAUUCUAGUUUUCGAUUCCCUGGGCUGGUAUCUUGGAAAACAUCAAAAGGUAAUGCCAAUUGCAUCAGAAUGUGAAGUGUGUUGUUCAGCGGAGACAUCAUUGCUGCCUGUAUUUAAGACUCCAAUCUUGAUAAUAGGUGACCUCAUCUGCCGCAACAAUAGAAUAUCUUCUCUAAGAACUGACUUUAUAUACUGAAGCCAAAGCAAGGGAGAUAUGGCAAGCUACUAUGAUCCAUAUUGCCCAAGAAGGUGGCUGCUUUGUUCUAUCUUCAAACCAAUUCUGCAAAAAGGGGAGACUAUCCGUUGUCAACAGAAACGUAUGUCAAUACAAUAAGAAGUAUUGCACGUAGUGUUAUUUUAUUGUCAUCCAGUUGUGACCAUUCUGGCUGAACCUAAUUUCCAAGGGAGUCUCUCAUCUGAAACAAUCUUUUCCUCUCUUAAUGUUCCAGAACUUGGAGGGUGUUUGAGCAAAGCUAGAUUUUAGUGGAAAUAGGCAUCAAGUGGGACCAAACUCAGUCAAUCUGACUCUGAAUAUACCCAAUCCAAUUUCUUUUACAACUUCUGUGAAAGUGGAAGUUCUUGAUGAGCUACAAUUAUGACUUAGCUGUGUAAAAAGUUAUUAAAUAAAUUUCUUCUAGCGGUCCUCUUGCCAAAUAGCUAAUCUAGGCUUUGUAUAUAUCUUUUGUAAUGUUUAGAGGUGUAUAGAGGUUAGAUAGUGUCCAUGAUUCGUCCAACACAUUUUGAAGAUUUCAAAUAUUUGCAUAGAUUUUCCUGUACAGUUCAUGAAUAUGUUAGUCCUGGCAUAUUUGCAAUUGCCGUGAUAAACUUUCGUAUGUAUACUAAAUUAUGUAUCUUUUCCCCUUA